AUGCCCUGGUCUUGGUGUUGUUCGUUCAAACAGAACAAGUUGAAUAACAAGUCACGGCACACCCCGGACGCUGAACAAUACGGACUGGAGUUGUUAUAUGACGGCCCAGGAACAGAGCCCAAAAUUGACCUUGUUGCUGUUCACGGCCUAGGUGGUCACCGUGAAAGAUCAUGGACAGCAGCCAAUGGAGUAAAUUGGCUUCGAGACCUGUUGCCGGUUGACAUACCCAACGCCCGAGUUGUUUCCUGGGGAUACCAUACAUCAAAUGGGGGCGAAGAUAGUGGAGCGUCUCAUCAAGAGGUUUCGAAGAAACUUGCGUUGGAUUUGUGGGAUCUGAGAUCAUCGACAUCUACAACAUCGCGCCCUAUCAUCUUCAUUGCACAUAGUUUGGGAGGAACUGUAGUCAAGAGUGCGCUACUUUAUUCAGACGCGGCGCAAAAAACUCCCACUAUGGAUCUUCACAGCAUCAGGACGUCAACCCGUGGAGUAGUAUUCAUGGGAACACCCGAGUUAGACUCGAGGAUACUUGGAUUACAAAGUUACCUGAACAGCAUGGAAGGAUCUGAUCAAGAGUCAAGCGAUACGUACCAAGAAGCACGCUGGUUGGUUAAUACAUUGCAGGGCUACUCAUCAAUCAGCGGAGCAUACUUCACUUUGUUUGUUCAUGAGAGGCCUAAUUCUUCGGAAGCCGGUACAUCGGAUCCGGUGAGAGAUACGUUGUUCACUAUAAUGUACUCACUUUACUGA